UUGUAUAUGUAUACCAUUAUUACAUUUCUUUCUCGAGACUCUCUCUCUCUCUUACUUGCAAGGGGUAGAGAGAGAGAGAGAGAGGAAGAAUGAGAGAGAAAAGAGAGAGGGAACCAAAAUGAUGGGAGUUGAAAAAUAGGAGAGCAUGAGUUGGGUGCAAUUAUAUGUCACCCAUUUCUUCAUAAAACUUACUUGUCUUUAUGCCUUUUGCUUUCGGUUAAAAAGGGUGAAAGAAUCUCAAUCUUGAUUUUGGUUUGGUCCCCUCAUGAGAUUAAGGAGGCGUAGGCAAUGCUUUCGUUCUUGCUCUUCUCUUCACAGAGUUGAUGAGGAUGAAAUAUACUGGAGACAGAAGAAGGGUGAUGAAGAGUUGGAAUGGUCACAUAGUUCCACUCAUGUAAUAUCACAGUUUACUCAAUGUUUUGCUAAUGCUAUGGUUGGACCACGAUCGUGGGUAGGAGCACUCUUUAAUCGCUCAAGCAACAAACGCAAUGAGAAGUUUAGCGACUACCCUUUGAGUCCUCUUCAGGCACACAGACUUCAGAGGCUCCAAGAAAGAAUACAAGUACCAUUUGAUGAGACUCGCCCAGAUCAUCAAGAAGCCCUUAGAGCAUUGUGGCAUGCUGCCUUUCCAAAUAUUGCUCUCAAUGGUUUGAUUUCUGAGCAGUGGAAAGAGAUGGGUUGGCAAGGUCCUAAUCCAUCAACUGACUUCAGGGGUUGCGGUUUUAUUUCCCUUGAGAAUUUGCUGUUUUUCUCCAGGACUUACCCGGCAUCUUUUCAUAGGUUAUUAUUCAAGCAAGAAGGGACGCGAGCAGAUUGGGAAUACCCAUUUGCUGUUGCUGGCAUUAACGUAACAUUUAUGCUGAUUCGGAUGCUGGAUCUAAGCUCAGUAAAACCACGAUGUCUUCCAGGAAUCAAUUUUGCUAAAUUAUUAGGAGAGGAUGAGGAAGCCUUUGAUGUACUAUACUGUAUUGCUUUUGAAAUGAUGGAUGCUCAAUGGCUUGCUAUGCAUGCGUCCUACAUGGAGUUUAAUGAGGUAUUACAAGUAACUCGGACACAGUUGGAAAGAGAGCUGUCUUUAGAAGACAUUUACAGGAUACAAGAUCUUCCAGCUUACAAUUUGUUGUACCAGUAAAUUUGCCUUUCAGCUCUUCAAAAGCAACUAAAGUAUUACACAAACUUGGCCAAAUUUGUUAUGAAUGCAGAUAAUUCAAGAUGAGGGUUAUCUUGAGGUGUAUUGAACAAGGAGAUCUUCCCGAGGAUUUUCUUAGUGAGCAUAUACGUGCCAUUUUUGGAGGUUUGAUAGCUGAAAUGUGUACUUUAAAUGGACUAUAAAUCAGCUGGUAUCGGAGGCCGGAUUUAUAAUAAACUUUGUAACUCCAUUAAUUGUAGCUAAUUUUCUUCUUUCUUGAAAGAAAAAAACGCUAGAAGAAAAUCUAGCUAGAUUAGCGAAUUGACAUAGAUUUAGAAAUUUACACAUUUUAUUAGCAAAUUAAGCUUUAUAGGCCAUGAAUGGACCAGAGAUUGCAGCUUCCAUCUCAAGUCAAA